AUGGAAAUGCAGUCUAUGCCAGCAUCCUCAAUUUUCAUGUUUUCACCAGGUCGUAUUCUAUAUGAUGUUCCUUGCGCCGUAUGUCGAGAUCAUUCUUCGGGAAAGCAUUACGGAGUGUUUGCAUGUGACGGAUGUGCUGGUUUUUUCAAGAGAUCAGUUCGACGAGACCGUAGAUAUGCUUGUAAAGCUAGAAAUUCCGGAGCUUGCUUGGUCGACAAAGCACAUAGAAAUCAAUGUCGCGCUUGUAGAUUAGCCAAAUGUCUCGAUGUCGGCAUGAAUAAAGAUGCUGUUCAACAUGAGAGAGGACCAAGAAAUUCAACGAUACGACGGCAAAUGGCUUUAUUUUUAAAAGAUCCAGCAAUGCCCGCUUCCGAAAUCUCUUUAAUGCCUCCAGUUUUGGAUUUGGCUAUACCAAAGCAUUCUAUGCUACCCCCACCACCACCUUUAUCUUUAUUUCACAAUCCUUAUCAAUCUUAUAGCAGAUUUAAUUUAUUAGCGUCUCCAUUACCGUCUUGUCCACUGAAAGCUCCAUCGCCGCCGCCACCUAUGACAUCAAAUUUAAUAAGCCCCACUGAACCAGAAGCAAUUUGUGAAGCAGCCGCCCGAUUAUUAUUUAUGAACGUUAAGUGGGCCAAAAAUGUUCCAGCCUUCGCUUCGUUGUCUUUGCAAGAUCGAUUGAUAUUAUUAGAAGAAUCAUGGCGAGAUCUGUUUGUAAUUGGAUCGGCACAAUUUCUAUAUCCCCUGGACUUAAAGGUUCUAUUAAACACAAAACAUACAAAAGUAGAAUCUCAACAUAUUGCAGAUUUUGAAAAGGCUCUCAUAGAGCUAACAAAGAUGCAACCAGAUAGUAACGAGUAUGCAUGUCUUCGAGCAAUUGUUUUAUUUAAAACAAACUUCAGUGCUGCCCAUACGAACAGUUUGCCUCAAUCCCAUAUUGAAAUUAAGAAACUAAAAGACCUACCUGCAGUAGCUAGUUUGCAAGAUCAUUCUCAAGCUGUUUUAAACGAGUACAUUACCAGACUAUAUCCAGGAGAUACAACACGUUCAAAUCAAUUGCUUCAAAGUUUGUCCGCAGUUCGAAACGUUUCAAGUACUACAAUAGUGGAACUAUUUUUCCGAGCUACCAUAGGAGAUAUUCCGAUUGAAAGAAUAAUAAGUGAUAUGUACAGAAGUGGAAAAGAUACUGUUUAA